AUGUGUAACCUGUGUGCGGAGACGAGAGAGAUGUGGAAGAAAUCCGGCGCGUGGUUCUUCAAAUCCCUCCCCAAAUACGUCCUGCCCGAGAGAAGAACGACUGGCAGAUACACCGAAUCCGAGCUGGCGAGGACCUUACAGGACGGUGGAAACAGCAGCAACGAGGGCAAGACAGACUCCGAACCUGGUUCUCCACUGAGCAUUCAUGCACCAUGUUUCUCUAGACAAGCUAGCAGCAUAGAAAGGAGGUCCCUUGGGUCACCACAUGAUACUCACUACGAGUGGUCAGAGACGGAUAUCCUCUCGCAUGGCUUCAGCGGCCUCAGUCUUCAUAGAACCGACAGCUUAAAUCAACGACCAUUAGCGGGCCUCAAGCGGACGGGCAGCAAAGGCAGCGCUUACAGCUUACGCAGCAUUAGAAAAGACAUGGCCAAACCGUGUAAUCAAAUCGAAAGAGCACCAACAAUACCUGACGCUGGUUUUGGCACUUUGGAAAUUAAACUAGCAUAUGAUAAUGCGACCUCCUCUCUAGCAGUUACUGUUUUAAGAGCUAGAGGUCUCAUUGGAAUGGAUAUGACAGGUCUUUCCGACCCUUUUUGUAGAUUAGAGGUGCUGCCACGCGAGGGCACCUAUUCCAAUCGGCUACGGACGAAGACAGUUCAUAAAACGAAAAAUCCAGAGUUCAACGAGACACUUCUGUUCUUCGGUAUCACCGAAUCUGAUCUCACCGUAAAGUCCUUAGAAAUUGUCUUAUUUGACGAUGACAAGUAUGGAAGUGAUGAAAUGGGCUCAGCUACAGUGGCGCUCAGAGAAUGUGCCAAAUCACCUGCCCAACUGCGACUGGCUCUAUCAGGAUCAUCGGGAUCAGAACCAAUUGGUCCAAGGAUCCUGUUGGCCCUCUGCUAUAAUACCAAGAAAAGGGCUCUUGUAGUUAUAGUCUGUAGAGCUGCUGAUCUACCACCUCAAGACAGCAAUGGAUAUUCAGAUCCUUUUGUAAAAUUGCACCUUGAUCCGGACCCAUAUCACAAAAAGCACAAAACCUCAAUAAAAUGGCGCAAUCUCAACCCAGUCUGGAACGAAGAGUUUAAUUUUGAGACUCGUCCCACUGAACUGUCCAGGCAAAACUUGACUUUAACUGUUUGGGAUAAGGACUAUGGGAAGCCCAAUGAUUUCCUUGGCAGUUUAGUCCUAGGAGCGAGCAGUAAAGGGAGAAGAUUAAAACAUUGGAUGGACUGCAUCAAGUUCCCUGAUCAUCGCCACGAACAAUGGUACUCAUUAACCGACACACAACAUUUGUAA